AAUGAGCAAGAAAAAUCUCUUAGAAAGACUAAACGAAGGUAUCGUUGUUGGUGAUGGAGGAUUUCUGUUUUCUCUUGAAAAAAGAGGAUACGUACAAGCUGGUCCAUGGACACCAGAAGCGGCUGUUGAACAUCCGGAAGCGGUUAAACAAUUGCAUAAAGAAUUUCUAAGAGCAGGAGCAGAUGUUGUUCAAGCUUUUACUUUCUUUGCAAACGAAGGGAAAAUAAGUGCUGGUGAAAUUGAACAUUCAAGCGCCAGUAUUAAUAGUUCGGCUUGUAAAAUUGCUAGAGAGGUAGCAGAUGAAAGUGGUGCAUUGGUUUCCGGAAGUAUAUCCCAAACAACCGGCUAUCAAAAUGGUAAAGAAAAGGAAGAAGUUCAGGAAGAAUUUCGAAAACAAUUGCAAAUUUUCAAGAAUAAUGACAUUGAUUUCAUAAUAUGCGAAUAUUUUGAAAAUAUAGAAGAAAUGGAAUGGGCGAUUGAAUGCUGCAAAAAAUUAUCGGAUAAACCGGUAGCCAGUACUAUGUGUAUUGGACCGAAAGGAGAUCAACGUGGUAUUCUACCAGGAGAAUGUGCCGUUAGAAUGUCAAAAGCUGGAGCUGAUGUUGUUGGAAUUAAUUGUAAAUUUGAUCCUUUUCUUCUCUUAGAGGCGAUGGAAGAGAUGAAAAAGGCUUUAGAUGAAGCAGGUCAAAAGCCUUAUUUAAUGGCUCAACCGUUAGGCUUUAUGACACCAGAUUGCACUGCAAAUGGUUACAUAGAUUUACCGGAGUUUCCAUUUGCAAUGGAGCCAAGAAUUUGUACAAGAUGGGAAAUUCAAAAGUAUGCUAGACGAGCUUACGAAUUAGGAGUUAGGUAUAUAGGUGGAUGCUGUGGUUUCGAACCUUAUCACACUAGGGCGAUCUCAGAAGAAUUAGAAAAGGAGAGAGGUAAGGCAUGCGAUGCUUCCAAAAAGCAUGGUUCAUGGGGUGAAGCUCUUCGGGGAAGCACUUUAUCUUGUGUCAGAAAGAGAGCUGGACGUGAAUAUUGGGAAAAUCUUAUUCCUGCAACUGGAAGACCCUAUUCUCCGGCUUUUAAGAAAAAGUCAGACUUUUCAUCGAAAACAACACCUGUGGCACUAAAUGAGGAGAUGUCAACGUCAUCGUACAUUCUUCGAGCUAGCGAUGAAGAAUUGACUCGUCUAGGUCCAACUAAGUUAAUUCGUAUGCUAAAAGACUGUGAAGAGGAUAGAUUGACAGAACUCAAUCGCCGUAACGAAAUGAUGAAGGACUUUAACAGUAAACUUCAGCAUAACCUUUUAGAACUUCGACAUUUAAAAGAGGUGAAUUUUCAAUUACAAAAAGAGAACCAGGAACUGAGAGACGAUUGUUGUUCCUUGUACGAAGAACAAAUGAACGAGAAAAACUUUGUCAAAGAGUGGCAAAUGCUCAAAUUUACAUCCGACAAAAUGAAGGGUGAAAUGUUGAAUUAUCAGCAGAAAUUAAGCGAAUUAGAGGGUCGACAAAAUAGUUUGGCCAAAGAGAAUACUGACUUGAAAGAGCUAUGCGUUUAUUUAGACCAAGAGAGAUUAGAUCAACGUGGUUCGGCUGAUGGAAGUAGUAAUUCCGAAAAGGAAGAAAAAGCUACGGACGAAAACGGACAAGAUAGCCACACAUCCGGUUCGAAGCAAGCAUUUAAAUAUAUAAAGCAAUUAGAAGAAUAUAUAGAUAAAUUAGAGAAUUCAAAGCAUAACAAUUGUGGUUCAAUAAGACCAGAAAAACCUCCAGAAUAUAAUGCUGAUUUCGCCGAUAGAGCAAAAAGAUAUUUUCCAUUACCAAUUCGUAGCGAAUUAUCACCGGCAUCUUCAUAUUACGAGAAAGAAAACGAUUGUCUUAAACCCCCGGAAAAGCCCAAGGCGAUAACGAAUGCUGUUAAAGUAAUGGAACUUCAUCAGCAAAUGUCAAAACCAAACGUAAAAACAACUAGUAGUAGGUCUACAACUCCAUUAUUUAACCAAUCCGACGACGAAUUAGAUGAAAAGGAGAAGGCGCUCGUUAGAGAAAUGUGUAACGUCGUAAUGCGUAAAUUAAACGACACACCCACUUCGCUUAAAGCGCCAAAGAGUAGUAUUCUCCUCUGA